AUGGCUCUCGAUUCCUUGCCCUUAGAACUUAUCUGUCUCAUUGCAUCCAAUCUACAAGAGUACAAAGACAGAUUAUCACUUCUGCGUGGAAAUCAAAAGCUUCAUGACAAAGUCAUUUAUGCCCUUUACAAGCAAGACCAGGAUACCGCGCUCGACGUGUUGCGAUGGCUGGUAGGAAAGGGAUUUGAACAAGGGCUACAGCAUUUGAUAUUGCGCAACAAUCUCGACGUGAAUGUCCCAAUCGGCCCAAGGUCUGACUUCAUCAACACGCCAUUACUUAUCGCCAUUCACUGGAGCCAUGAGAAAGUCGUGGAAACUCUCCUACGCAAUGGGGCCCACGUAAAUUUCGGAACUGAUGUUUCUGCCUUGGAGCUCGCUGCAACUCUAGGAGAUUAUCACAUCACCAGCCUGCUCCUACAAUAUGGCGCCCAUAUUGACCUUAUCGGCGAAGGAACGCGUUUCAGCGCGUUGGCAUCUGCUACAAAACUUGGUUAUACCCCCAGACCAUACAGCAUGUCAUCGCAGGGCGAGAGAUGGCUCGAUCCACCGAUGUACAAAAGCCAAGUCGAGUUUGCUGCUGUAAUCCAACUGCUGCUUGAUCACGGGGCAGACCCAAAUUGUAGAUUCCAUCCAAAUGGCUUCACUCCACUACACCACAUCCCUGAGACUCCAUGGGCAUCAACAAAGGAAGUGAUGACCCUAUUUGUCGAACGUGGAGCGGAUUUGGACACACAAACCUUUGAUGGAGACACUCCUCUUCAUGCUGCUCUCAGAUCCGAAGCAUUUUUAGGAGAUACCAGAGCUCAAAAGGAGGGGGUGAUGUUGCUGUUGAGGUCUGGGGCUGAUGUCAAUAAAAGGAACACACAAAACGAGCUUCCAUUUGGUACCACAAUUGAGAAUGCAGAGAUCCUGAAAUUUCUCUCGGAACAAGGAACUAGUGUUUCCUGUGAAGCUGAAGGGGGAGCCAAACUUCUUUCAAAGCUUUUGGGAGUUCCCCUAAAGAAGCCAAGAGGCAAGAAGCGAGGAAGGACCAAGAACCACGCGAUCAAUAUCUUGAUUGAGCUACUCGUGGAGCACGGGCUUCAGCCAGACCAAACCAGCAGUGAGAGAAGCCCGCUAGACAUGUAUGCGGCAAGAUUUUAUCCGGUGUUGAAUAGCAUGAUUCGAGAAAAGAAGUUGGAGAAAAAGUUGAUUUCAACAAAGUCUCUCCCAGCGACGUCCGAGAAGGCUAAUCCACAACGCAACCGAGAGUACUACCUUCUAGGAAAUGUGCACAAAGAAAACAAGGCUUGA